AUGAACUUUCGAGCUAUACUUCUUGGUUUGCUCCUCACGAAGAACUUAAAUGGAUUAUUAUUGCAUUUCUUAAAUUAUUUUAAUGGCAAAAAUAGCUUUGUUACAGCUUUUGGUUGCGACAAAAAAGAGCUGGUGUACUUAUCAAAGGUUUUAUCAUCUAGAGGAAUAUUACACAAGUGUUUUACAAGAAGUGAAAAUUUUUUGGAAGGUCAUAUAAUUUUUCCAAACCAUUGGUUUGUCAUUGACCUUAACUGUGCAGAUUCUCUACAAAUUUUACAUCAGGCAAAUAAAUCAAAAUUGUUUGCCUUUCCAUACCAAUGGCUACUCUCGUACGAUGCAGGUGUUAUUCAACCAAAAAUCGCUUUUUUAAAUUUAUCCAUUCUGAUCAAUAGCGACUUUACAUUGUCGAGGAGAGAAAAGAAUGGAUCGUUUACUUUCAAAAAAAUUUAUAAGAAGACUCCAAACCAACGGCACUUUGAAGUCGAAGACAUUGGAAGUUGGACACCCGAAACAGGCUUUCAGAAAAGUCAAAGGAAAGAUUUAGGAUUGUUUGAAAAUAGACAAAACAUGGGAAUUGUUAUAAGAGCUUGUAUGGUAGUUACGAACAAUGAUACAUUAAGACAUCUAACUGAUAAAAGAAAUAAGCAUAUAGACAGUAUUUCAAAAGUUAGUUACGUCCUGAUUUUAACUAUGGCACCUAUAUUUAAUGUGACCCUAAAUAUGUCCAUAUGUAAUACAUGGGGCUAUAAAGAUAACGCUUCUAAUUGGAAUGGUAUGAUGGGAAAAAUUUUGAGAAAUGAAGCUGAUAUUGCAGGAACAGUUUUGUUUUUUAAAAAAGAAAAAAUUCCUAUAAUUGACUACGUUGCUUCGCUUUCACCAACAGUAUCUAAGUUUGUAUUUCGCCAACCAAAACUUUCAUAUGUUACUAACGUGUAUACUUUACCAUUUGAUAACAAAGUUUGGAUUUGCAGUAUAUUUCUCGUUAUUAUUAUGAUGGGGUCACUUUACGGGUUUACGAUGUGGGAAAAUCUAAAAGCAGCAAAGGAAGCUGGAACUGUUGAAAAUAACAUUGACGUAUUUAUUGUCACAUUUGGUGCAAUCUGUCAACAAGGAGCACCUUUUUUACCCAACAGGAUUCCGGGCAGAAUAGCAACUUUGGUUCUUUUGAUAUCGUUGACGUUUUUGUACGUGGCAUUUUCGGCAAAUAUAGUUUCUUUGUUUCAAACGCCUUCAAAAAGUAUCCAAACCCUUGAAGACCUUUUAAAUUCAAGACUUUCACUUGGCGUCGAAGACAGAGCUUUUAAUAGACACUAUUUUAAGGUCGCAGAUGAUCGAGUCAGAAAAUCGCUUUACCAGAAAAAGGUUGCACCACAAGGUAAACCUCCGAACUUUAUGUUUAUAGAAGAUGGCGUUAGAAGAAUGAGACAAGGACUGUUUGCUUUUCAUAUGGAAAUUGGAUCAGGGUACAAACUUGUUAGUGAAACAUUUAAAGAAGAUGAAAAAUGUGACCUUCAAGAAAUAGAAUUUUUACAAGUUGUCCACCCAUGGUUGCCAAUUCAGAAACACUCUUCUUAUAAGGAAAAGUUUAAAGUUGGUUUUCGACUUCUAGCGGAAGCCGGUAUUCAACAACGAGAAAAUAUCUUGAUAUACAGUGGAAGACCCACAUGCAACUCAAAAAGCUCAUCCUUUUAUAGCGUUGGUAUUGUGGAUUGCUCUCCAGCAUUAGCAAUUGCAGCUGGGGGGUUCAUAAGUAGUUUUUGUAUUUUUUUAGGCGAGCUAUAUUUUUAUUACGUAUUUAAAAAAAAUAAAAAAUAAUUAGAAUAGCUUCAGAUGCUUAAUGCUUAAACUAUUAUUGUUAAUUUAAGCAGCACAUCUAUAUUCAUUCACAUGAUUAUAGUAAGUUUAAUUACUUUUAUGUUAAUAUUAUAUUCAAAUCUAUCUAUCACAUGAUAUAUUUUAUAACACCAAUC